AUGGCGGACACGGCGAUCUCACUGCCUUAUCUGUCUUCUCAAUAUGCAAUCCCAGAAGCUACCCUCGCAACAUUGACCCAGGCCCCAACUACGGAUCUGGUCAAUCAGCUUCUGCAGUCGAUCACGAAGAAAGCACACGAAUUUGAUGAGCUUAAGUCUGACAAGCUUCGUCUGGAAGUUGAGCUUGAAAAUGCUGUGCGCAGUAACGAGUCAAAAGUGAAGGUGUUGAAGACCUCCGUGGAGAAGGGCCACGCGGACGUCGAAGAUUUGAGAAAGAAACUGCACGAAUCCGAAACCACCCGCUCGGCCUUAGAAUCCGAGAUUUCCACCCUCAAAUCGUCAACGACUUCCAACGAGACCGAGUUCAACUCUCUUAAAUCACGAAUCUCGACCCUCGAAUCCGAGAAACGCGAGAGCCUCGCAUUGCUCGAAUCCAAGUCUGCUGCCCACGACAAGUUAGCAGAGGAGCUCUCAGCGCAGCACAAAAAGACCAUCGAGUUGCGCCGCGAGCUCUCCGCUGCGGAACAGAACCUACAGGCUGCAAACUCCGCCGCUGCUAGUGCACGAUUCCGCGAGCAGAACUUACAGCAAGAGGUCGAUCUCACCAAGAAGAAUAAUGAGUGGUUUGAGACCGAGCUGAAGACUAAGAGUGCGGAAUACACCAAGUUCCGUAAGGAGAAGAGCGCACGAAUUGCCGAGCUUCAGCGUGAAAAUGAGGAGGCGGCCAACACAAUCGACACGCUGCGCCGCAGUGACAACUCCCUAAAGGCUAGACUUGAUGAGACGGAACAACGCUAUGAAGAGGCUCUCGCCAGCAUCAGCCAGCUCAAGGAAACGGCUAUUCAGGCCGAAGAGACGUUCCGUAUCGAACUCGAGACCGCUAGCCGGCUUGCUAAGCUGCAGGAAUCCUCUGCCAAUUCCGCCAAGCAACGUGCGCAGGAGUGCCAGAUCGCUUUGGAGCAUGCCAAGAACGAAGCCGCGGAAGAGAUUUCUCGCUUGCGUGUCGAGAUGGAGACUGAGCAUGCCGACAAGGAGGCUGCGGAGACGCGUGUAUCUGAGCUUGAGGCAACAGUCGCCGAGCUUGAAUCACAGGGCCCCCGCAAUCGAUCCGCAAGCCCUGCUCGCUCUCUGAAUGGAGCCGUACCCACCACUCCCAUGCGACCCGGAACCCCUGGUAGCACCUUCUCGCCGCGGAUGUCUCGCACCAAGGGUAAUUUGACAUUUACCCAGAUGUACACGGAAUAUGACAAAAUGCGCACUCAGCUCUCUGCGGAACAGAAGACCAACCAGGAGCUUCGGUCUACUCUCGACGAGAUGCUCCAAGAGCUGGAGUCGACCAAACCGGAGAUUGAUGACCUCCGGAAUGAUCACAAACGGCUCGAGGACGCAGUGAUGGACUUGUCUGGCCUUCUAGAGACUUCUGCGAAGGAGCGAGAUGAUGCCAUUAAGGCGUCGAGAAAAUGGCAAGGCAAGGUUGAAGGUUUGACUCGCGAAGGAGAUAUCCUUCGUCAACAACUGCGUGACCUUAGUGCCGAGGUUAAGGUCCUCGUCAUGGAAGUAGCAAUUGCUCGACAUGGCGAGGACUACGACCGUGAAGAACUCGAGAAGAUCGCCCGAGGUGAAAUUGAAGAAUCCUCCGCAGAACUUAACCCGACUGGCCUUUUCAUCAGUCGGAAUCUCGUCGCCUUCAAGGAUCUGCACGAGCUCCAAGAACAGAACUUGACGCUUCGACGUAUGCUGCGGGAGCUCGGUGACAAAAUGGAGGGAGAGGAAGCUCGGGCCAAGGAUGCCAUUCGCCAACAAGAAGUCGAGGAAUUAAAGGAACUCCGAAUCCGUGUGCAAACGUAUCGUGAUGAGAUUGCCAAUCUUGUUGCACAGUCUAAGAGCUACGUGAAGGAACGGGACACAUUCAGAAGCCUGCUUACUCAUCGUCGGCAGACUGUCGGGGGUGAUACAGCUUUCUCCCAAUCUGUUCCUCCGGGUUCUGCACCCCCCGGUGCUUUCGAUAGCCAAAUUCGGGACAAUACGGAUUAUGGAGAUCUUCUACGCAAGUUGCAAGGCCACUACGAUACUUUCCGUGAGGAGACCCUUGCAGACCACACCUCACUUCGCCAACAAGUCAACGAGCUCUCUAGAAAGAACAGCGAGUUGAUGAGCGAGAUUAGCCGGUCUGAUAGCCAGCUUGCUGCCGCUUCACAAAGGGCAGAAAUUCUUCAGAAUAACUUCAAUAUGCUGAAGAACGAGAAUAGUGGGCUUCAAAAUCGCUAUUCCAAUUUGCUGGAGAGUUCCAGCAAGCAGGACUUGAGAACGCAACAAGCGGCGGAGGAUCUUGUCGAGGCUAAGGGCCUUGUUGAGAGUCUGCAGCGAGAGAACUCCAAUCUCAAGGCCGAGAAAGAUUUGUGGAAGAACAUCGAGAAGCGAUUGAUCGAUGAUAUUGAAAGUCUGCGCAACGAGCGUGGUCGCCUUGACUCUUUAAACGCGAGCCUUCAGACUAUUCUUAACGAACGGGAGCAUGCGGAAUCUGACAGCCGUCGCCGUCUCCAGUCGAGCGUGGAAACGCUCGAAACGGAGCUACAGGCUACAAAACGCAAGCUCAAUGACGAGACAGAGACUUCGAAGCAAGCCGCUCUGCGGCGGGACUACGAGCACGAGCAGAGCCAGAAGAGAAUAAAUGAUCUGGUUACCAGCCUGGGCGUGGUUCGGGAGGAAUUGGUCGCAACCAAGACCACCCGGGAUCACCUCCAGUCACGGGUGGAUGAGCUUAAUGUUGAGUUGAAGAGCGCUGAAGAGCGUCUUCAGGUCAUUCAGUCACGGCCUAGCAUUUCGCUUCCUUCGACCGAGCGCCCUGCCCCCAUGGAGGACGCUACGGAUGGUAGUGGUCUUACUCGUGAGCAGGAGCUUCUCAUCGAAAUAUCAGAGCUCAAGCGUGAUCUUGAUCUCGCCAAGGGUGAACUUGCUCAUGCGAAGGAGCAAGUCGAAGAAUAUCGUGCUAUCAGCCAGUCGACCGAGGAACGAAUGGAAGCUGAAGCCGACACUCACGCUCAAUACCGCGAAGAGACGGACCGCCUGAUCGAGGAGAAGGAUAAGAAGAUCCAAGACCUUGAGACCCGCAUUGAAGAGAUUUCUACGGAGCUGUCUACCACCAACGCUGAAAUCUCCAAGCUCCGAGAUGAGCAGGGCGAAGCAACACGUCAUCUGGAGGAGCAGAAAGCUAAUCUGGAAUCUGAAAUCACGCGUCUAAGGGACGACAACCAGAGACAUGUCGCUGCGGCUCAGUGCCAUCAAGACGAUCUCAAGGCUCAGGCUGAGAUUUCGCAAAACCUCCAGAAAAACUAUGAAGCCGAGCUUAUCAAGCAUGCCGAGGCCGCCAAAAAUAUUCAGGCCGUUCGGGCUGAGGCUAAUCAGUUGAAGCUUGACAUGGCCGAGCUGCGCACCCAAGCGGAGACUUACAAGAAGGAUCUCGCUCAGAAGGAGGAGAGCUGGGCCGAGCAGAGGGCACGAUAUGAAGCCGAACUGUCCGAGUUGCAGAAACGCCGAGAAGAGGUGAACCACCAGAAUUCUGUUCUCCACACGCAGCUGGAAAGUAUAACUGGACAAAUCGCUUCUCUGCAACGCGACCGUGCUGAAAUCCCUGAGAAUGAGGAGCCAGAGAGCGACCAGGCAGCCCCAGAUCUCGAGGGUCUUCAGGAAGUCAUUAAAUACCUUCGCCGCGAAAAGGAGAUUGUCGAGGUGCAAUAUCACCUUUCUACCCAAGAGGCAAAGCGACUUCGCCAACAGUUCGACUACACUCAAUCUCAGCUUGACGAAACUAGGCUCAAGCUCGAGCAGCAACGUCGCGCUGCAGCAGAUAGCGAGCACCGUGCUUUGAACCAUAACAAACUCAUGGAAACCCUCAAUGAGCUCAACUUAUUCCGCGAGAGUAGUGUCACCCUUCGGAACCAGGUCAAGGAGACCGAAACUGCGCUUGCCGAGAAGUCCGCUCGUGUUGAUGAGCUUACACAACAAAUUCAACCCCUGGAAACGAAGAUCCGGGAGCUCGAAGGCGUUGUUGAGGCUAAGGAUGAUGAGUUACGACUGUUACAGGCGGACCGUGAUCAUUACCAGAAGCGCGUGCAGAAUAUCCUGCAGAAAUAUGAUCGGGUUGAUCCCCAAGAGAUGGAGGCGUUGAAUGAGAAACUGGCCACUUUGCAAAAGGAACGCGAUGAGGCUGUCUCUGCGCGCGACGCUCUUCAAGCCGAAGCCGCAGAAAAGCUCCAGGCUGCAGAGCAAGCGGCUGAGACGCGCAUAUCUGAUCUUCGUCAAAAACUCACGGAGCAAUUCAAGGCUCGCUCUAGGGAUCUCUCAUCAAAGAUCAACCUUCUCAAACAAGAGAAGGAUGUUCUACAGGGUGAGCUAGAUAGCACGAAGGCGGAGCUUGAAACCGUGAAGGCGAAGGCCUCUCAAACACCUGAUGCAUCGACGACUGCAGCAGGCGCCCCAGCCGCCGACGAUGCUGCUCCUGUGAACGCGACGCCCGCAUCACAGUUCCCCACAGCGACCACCACGGUGGUAUCAUCUGGCGACGAGCAGAAGAUCCAGGAGUUGGAAGCUAAAAUCCAACGCCUGGAAGCUGCACUUGCCGAGAAGGACGCGCUCAUCGCCACCAAGGAUGCGGAAAUGGACGCCAAAGUCAAGGAGCGUGCCGAUAAGCUCAAGGACACUUUCAACAGUAAACUCGCUGAGAUUAAGGCGAGCCACAGACAGGAAAUUGAGAAGCUGUCCUCCGGAGAGGCCCCUGGCCCUGCCACCCCUGCUGCAGGUGCUGAACAGACACCGGCCACACCAUCCAAGGCCCUUUCUGAUCUUCUCGAACUUACGGACCAACAAGUCCGUGAACUUCUCCAGAAGAAUGAGACUCUUCGCACCAUUGUUAGGAACAACAUUCGCACCAAGGUUGUCCAGGCUGAGGAUAAGUUAAAGGAGGAAGCCCAAAAAGCUUCACAGUCACAUGAAGAAGCUGUGGCCGCCUUGAAGAAAACCCAAGAGGAGGAAACUGCCGAAAAGGUCAAGGCCGCCGUUCAGCUCUCCGACAAGAAAACUGCCGCUCGUAUCAGCAUGCUGGACACUCGCCUCAAGACAUCUUUGGCAAAGAUUGAUGUUGUCUCCAAGGCCGCCGAUGAGACUCCACAAAAGCCUGUGGUUGAAGUCUGGGAGAUUGCGAAGACAGCGCGGCCUCCAGCCCCGGCUCCAAAGGCUCCAGUAGGCACCUCGCCGGCGCCCACUGUAUCUCCGGCGCAGCCAAGCCCCGUCGUACCAGCUGCGACGGCACCAAGCCAAGCCUUUCCUGCCCAGGAGGCUGCUGUGGCCGCACCUGAGGCUCCUGUAUCUGCAGUAACUGAAACUGCGCCACCCGAGAUUCAGCCCGGGGAAGGAAACGCCCAGGUUGCUGCAAAUACUAUCAAUCCAUUUGGUCAGGUGCAGCAGCAAGUCCAGCAGCAACCAUCUUCGCUGCCCUCCAAACCUCCGGCCGGCACUGCCCCGGGUGUGCUGCGAGCGUUACAGUCCGGCCUUCCUGUUGCUCGCGGAGGCCGUGGUGGCCGUGGUGGUGCGCAGCAAAAUCCAUUUGGCCAUGCUCAGCAGGCGCAGGCCGAUCAACAGCAAAGCCAGGCACAGGCUCCAUCUCAACGUGGGACGGGUCUUCCUCGUGGCCGAGGUGGUCGUGGUGGCCAAGGUCGUGGGGGAAGUCAGAACGCUGGCGGUGGCCAGAACCAGAACCAGAAUCAAACCCCGGCCAGCCCUGCGGCCAAUCGUGGCAAUUUGAAUGUUCAGGCACGCCAAUUCAUUCCCCAAGGCAACAAGCGGUCUCGCGAGGAUGGAACAGAUACAGCAAACGAGGGCGCAAGCGGUGGAAAGCGUAUGAGAGGUGGUGGUGGACAGGCUCGCGGUGGUGGAUCAUCCUAA